AUGUUUUCCUAUCACCGCGUGCUAAAGCUCUUCGGCCGGAGCGUCACGGACAAAACCCUUGAAUGCGACUGUGAUAUCCAUCCGUGGGAGAUAGAGAUUGAUGGCCAGCAAUGGCCGGGAAAGAUCCGUCUGAUCGGGUUCGUGGAUGUGUUUUUCGUGAUCUCGUACUCGGCCAAUGCGCGCUUUGAGAAGGGAAUCAUUGUCUACAAGGAUCGAGAAGUCUUUGAGGAACUGAUUGCGGAGCGGGACACGCACCCGGAUGCACAGCUCCCCGAGUCCGAGGUUGACCCGACCUUCGAUUCAGACGACGAAGAGGAUGCCCACGAAGACCACAAGUCGCCAGUGGAGGAGGAAAGCCCUACGGAGAAGACCGCCAAAGACAAGCUGGAAUUCACUCACCAGGGCCGAUACGUCGUGCGCAGCCAGGGCCAUGAGAUUGGUCUCACGAACGAAUACCCGCUGGCGUCGGUGCGCAGCUACGAGAUCAAGAUCAACAAGCCACAGAACUGGGCUUUGAGACGACGGAUCAAGCGGGGAAUUCGCCCCCAUAGUAUCAUGCAGUUGAUGGACGAUGUAAUCCGGUGCGGCUUUCUCACGCAUGCUGAGCUGAUUGCGCAUGUUCUGGGACUUGUGUCCGCGGGAGGAACUAUCAAUGAUACCGCGGCCAAGUAUUUCGAGAGACUGGGCGCUGGCAAUGCGGGGCAGCAGGCUUUGUCCAACGAGAAGGUCUAG